GGCGCACGCGGGUAAAGAAGCAGGGGUUAAGGUACACCUCGUGGAAUGCUACUCCAUUUAAGAAAGCACUUUCUCAUUUAUGACUCCAUCCGUACUACUUACCAUACUAACAUCAUAUAUACCUACAAUCAAUGUAUGUUCAUCAGAUUCUCAAAUUUAAGACAGAGCUCAGCAGGGUACGUAUUACUCCAUCCUUUGAUAAUGGAUCUGUGAGAGCACUAAGCAGAUCGAAAUCCACUAGCAGAGUAGCAGAAUCAUCACAUCAGAAAUCAUAAUAGAUUGAAGGGGAAGAAGUUAAUUAGGAAGCUGCUGCCAUGAGUCGGCUGGCGCCAUUAGCAGAAGUUCCUGGUGCGGGCGAGGAAUUGCGCAACAACUGCUCGAAGAAAUGCCGCACUUGGAGACAGUGGCUGAAAACCCACUUGUCGUCUCUGCACUUGUUCUUCCCCGGCAGGAAAUCCGACCACAGGAUGCUCCUCGGUGUUCUCGGAUGCCCUCUCUCCCCUCUUCCCUUCCAUCCCAAACUCCCUCUUUCUCACGUCUCAUCAUCAUCAGAAUACAUUAUACAACACUUCAUGGCUGCUACUGGCUGCCGGAAGCUUGAAGGGAUGGUAAAAAACAUGUAUACUACCGGAAAAGUUUUCAUGGCAGUGGUGGAUGAGCUUGGCUCACCAGGCACCACCACCAAUGUUUCACAAAAGGGUUGCUUUGUUAUGUGGCAAAUGCUUCCUAGCAAGUGGCUCAUUGAGCUUGCUUUGGGUGGUCACAAAAUUGUAGCAGGCAGUGAUGGCAAUGUCGCAUGGCGUCACACUCCUUGGCUCGGAGCUCACGCUGCUAAAGGCGGUGUCCGCCCUCUUCGCCGCGCUCUCCAGGGGCUUGAUCCUAUGGCUAUUUCAGCUGUGUUCUCAAAGGCAGAGUACAUGGGAGAAAAACAUAUAUUGGGAGUUGACUGCUUUGUCUUGAAAUUAUCCUCCAGCCGCACGGACCUCGUUGAGCGUAGCGAUAACACGGCGGAGAUGAUAAAACACGUAAUGCUCGGUUACUUCAGCCAAAGAAGCGGUCUGCUCAUUUACUUGGAGGAUUCAUACCUCACCCGAAUCCAGUCCCCGGGUUCUUUGGCGACAUACUGGGAAACCGCAAUGUGCACAAGGAUAGAGGAUUACCGGCCUGCCGAGGGAGUGAUGGUUGCUCAUUCUGGCUACUCAAGUGUCAUUAUUACAACAUUCGGAGACCAUUUGAAGCCCGGUCCUGUCACGGUUCGUAUGCAAGAAACAUACACCAUUGAUGAUUUGGCGUUUAACGUCCCCGGCCUUUCUGUAGACUCCUUCAUCCCUCCUGAAGAACUCCAGAGAGGCUGUCUCGAUGAAAAUGUUCAUUGGAGAUGCCCAUUGCGUCAAUAACAAGUUAUUCUUAGAGACACUAACUUGAAGUUGUCGACUAUAAAAGAUGACAAUUUUCUUAUUUUUCUAAAAGUGUAUAUAUAGGCUAUGAUCUUUGGUGGUCCUAUAAUGUGUUGGGCCUGAGACAGAAAUUUUAAGAAUAAGCCUUUAACCUUUCUUUUGUAGUGUAAACACAUUUUCAAAUGUAAUCCUUUUUUUGUUA